CCUCCGCUUCCCACCACCCUUCCCAUCUGCUCCUGGCUCCAGGCUCCAGGCUCCUACUAGGUUCGUCGGCAGUGGGAGCGCGCAGGCGCGUCUGGCAGCUUGCAGAGCGCGGAGUAGCGGCGCGGAACGCGCGGGAGUCAUCAUCCAGGGACCUACCAGAGACCACAAGAAAACAUGGGGAAGAUUUUCCUCACAGGAGAAAAAGCCAAUUCAGUAUUGAAACGCUACCCAAGAGCGAAUGGACUUUUUGAAGAAAUAAGACAGGGCAACAUUGAUCGUGAGUGCAAGGAAGAAAUCUGCACAUUUGAAGAAGCAAGAGAAGCUUUUGAAAAUACGGAGAAAACCCUGGGAAAUCUCCGAGGCCACCACCGCCGUCGGCCCCGCCGCUGCCCGCCGCGCAGCCCUCGCCUCCGCGCCACCUUCGCCUUCGCCCUGGUGCCCGGGCCGCCAGCCAUGGCCACCCCGCUGCUCUCCCAAGUGCGCCAGAACUACCACCCCGACUGCGAGGCCGCCGUCAACAGCCAGAUCAGCCUGGAGCUCUACGCCUCCUACGUGUACCUGUCCAUGGCCUUCUACUUCGACCGCGACGACGUGGCCUUGAAGCACUUCGCCCGCUUCUUCAUGCGCCGGUCCCGCAAGGAGACCCAGCACGCCGAGAAGCUGAUGGAGCUGCAGAACCAGCGCGGGGGCCGCCUCCGCCUCCGCGACAUCAAGAAGCCGGACCGCGACGACUGGGAGGGCGGCCUGAAGGCCAUGGAGAGCGCCCUGCACCUGGAGAAGAGCGUGAACCAGAGCCUGCUCGACCUGCACCAGCUGGCCACCGACAAGAACGACGCCCAGCUGUGCGACUUCCUGGAGAGCCACUACCUGCACGAGCAAGUCGAGGCCGUCAAAGAGCUGGGGGGCUAUGUCACCAGCCUGCGCAAGAUGGGGGCCCCCGAAGCCGGCCUGGCAGAGUACCUGUUUGACAAGCUCACCCUGGGCGACAGCGACAAAAAGUACUGAGUUGGGACUGUUUCCCCAUAGCCCCAGGCCGCAUGGUGACUUUCCCUGAUCACCAUGCUGAGCAUGCUUAUUGCAGUAUUGCUUCUGCAAAAAGUUCCAGUUCUUCCAGUUUUUCCACGAAUAAAGUUAAUUUGGUUUAAAUAAAGUUAUUUGGUUUUUAAAUAAAGGUCUCUGGUUGAAUUGUAUGCAUAUCUCUCACCUUUUAAGUUUUAAAACGUAUUCAGGAAUCUCUCCACCCACCCAACCCCAUCCACAUGCAGCUCAGGAUCUCUGAAAAUAAGAGGGAGAAGAUAUUUCAUGGGCCCAUGGAAAACACAGAAUUAAUCUUACCCUUAUAAACAGUGUUGUGGUGGAUGGGUGAUCUAGGGCCCUGAUGAAUGUGGGAUCCUGUGCAUAGUAAAAGUAUAAAAAUAUGGCUUGAAAAUUAUGAUUGGGAUUGAUCUGGGGAAAGAGUGACGGAAAUGGGGUUGGGCAGGGAUUAAAGUUAAGGAGGUCUUUAGCUUUACCUGAAAACUUUUAGUUUGUUAAAAUACGUAAAUACUAAUGUUUGUUGAUUCUAGAUAGCAAAAAAGGGAUUCCAGAAGCCAUGGCAGGAUACCUCUUUGACAAGCUCACCAUGGACAACAGUGAUAAGAGAAACUGAAUAUUAGGCUGGCUUCCCCCACGAUAUGAGAGUGAUUACCUUUGGACCCCUGUGCAGGACAUGCAUAUUGUCAUUAGGAAACUUCUGUUUCCCCUUAUAAACAGUGUAGGUAUGUGGGAUGGGGUCAGAUGGGUGGUUUGGAGCCUGAGUUGCUGUAGAUGGGGGUGUUUGACAAAAGUAUAGAAAAAACAUGGUCUAGAAUUUAUAAUAGUUGCUUCUGGGAAAGAAGUGAAAAAUGGGGUUGAGUAGGGAUUAAAAUAAAUAGGAGUCAACUUUAUCUGAAUCUUUUUUAGCUCAUUAAGUCAGACAGAUAUUAAUGUUUAUUGUUUCUCAGUAAUAGCUUGGGGGCCCUGGUAACUGGCAUAGGGGAUUACGGGCUUGGCAGGUUCACCUUUGUCAGUCAGUGACUACCAGAACUGUGUUUCAGACUCUCUGUGUGUGUGUCUGGUGUGAUUUCAAGUGGCCAUCACUGCCAGGCAUGCAUGCUGCCAAUGCAAAACCUCCAGUUAUCGGUUUUUAUGUACACUUGCUAAUAGUUUGGUAAAAAAAAGAAGACCCUACCAGUAUAAGAGUUAAAAAUUUAACAAAGAUGCUGAACAUCAAAAUACUUGAUACUAUGAAGUAGAUCAAAUCUCCAAGAAAGAAAUAAUUCAUAACAAUAGUAAUUCAUAGUCAUAAAAGGACCCUAUACAGUAACAACCAGUCAGUAGAAAUUCCAGAAGGAGAAAACAAGGGGUGGUUCAGAGGGAGUAGACAAUAAUCAAGAAAUAAUUUUUUUAAGUAUAAUCCAAAUGCUACUAUUCUUAUAUGCUUUCUUGUUUAAUCUACUAAUGUUCUGAAUUACAUUAAUAGAUUUUCCUGUCUGGGGCGCCUGGGUGGUUCAGUGGGUUA